AUGCAAACGAGCAGGGCUCCGGCCAUCAGCGUGAGCGCGGAGAGCUGCAUCCCCGCCGGGCUGCGCCUGGGUCCCGUGCCGGGCAUCUUCAAACUGGGCAAGUACCUGUCAGACCGCAGGGAGCCAGGACCCAAAAAAAAGGUGCGGAUGGUGAGAGGGGAGUUAGUGGAUGAAGCCGGGAGCUCAGCCCUGGAGUGGAUAGGGUUAAUCCGGGCUGCCCGAAACGCCCAAGAGCAGACACUGGAGGCUAUUUCGGAUCUGCCUGGAGGACAGAUUUUCUACCGCGCUCUGCGCGAUGUCCAGCCGGGAGAGGAGCUCACCGUCUGGUACUCCAACCCCCUGGCUCAGUGGUUCGACAUCCCCGUCACGGCCACCCCGACGCACGACGAGAAAGCGGACGGACGCUCACAGCCAGGGGUCUCUCCGGGGCAUCUCCCCGCUUCGCAGCGUGAAGGCAGCGGCAUCGGUGUCGCGGCUCAGCCUCUGUCUGCCGCCUUUUCCCUGCCCGGUCCGAGCCCACCUCAGGCCCCGCUACCCGCAGGCUGCCUACACGGCUCCCACAGCACGGAGCAGCGAGGGACAGCUGCGCCCGGCGGCGGGGACACCGGCGACAAAACGCCCGGUGUCAUUCCGGGCUGUCCCCGCCUGUCCCCAGGACCCCCCGCUGGCCGUGCCCGAGCCCUGCUGAACCCCUCGGCGCUCGCCCAGGGACCCCACGAAGCCCUGGG